AUGAGUCAAACACCAUUUAACCCUAAUUCACCAUCAGUUCCAACAACAACAUCAUUACCUUCGACAGAUUUUAGUCAAAUUCCUUAUGAUGUAUUAGAAUCAAUUAGAAAUCGAUUAAAUCAAAUUCGUCAAUCAUUAACUAAAUUAGCUGAUCAAAUAAAUAAUCAUAAUCGACAUCCUCAAAAAAUAAAAUUACCUUCAUAUCUGUAUUUUCAAAAUCAAUUUCAAGUAUUAAUUACUCAAUUAAUGUCAAUAACUAAUCAAUUAUAUAAUAAUGAAGAUCUUUUACGUAAUACUAAUGUUUAUCCAACACCAAUUUUCCCAACUUCGGCUCAUGAAAAUAUGUUGACAACAUUAUUAAGGAAAAAAGUUGCUCCUGAAGUUGAUGAAUGGAUAAAUGGAGCUAAAUUAAUAAUGGAAAAUGAAACCAAAAAUAAGUUGGAUAAUCAACAAGUUGAAAUUGAUAUAUUAAAAAUCGAUCAAUGGGUACAAUGGUGUCUUGCCAAAAUUCAAGAUUUACGUGAUGAAUUUCAAUUUUAUGGAUUUCAUACAGUAGAAGAAUUAGAUCAUAUGGAAACUCCUCAAGGGAAACAAGAAAUUAAAGAGAAAAAGGAUAAAGAAUUUGAACGGGAACAAAUUGAAUUGAAAAUAACUGCUGGUGGUCAAAAAAGUUUACAUCCAAAUCAAGUAUUGAAAUUUAUGUGUCAAGGACAGAUAUGA